UCUACCCAGGCGGCGUCUGUAGCCACGCUCUCGCGUCUCUGAGAGGGAAUCUGGCGUUAUGGACGCUCCGUCGUCCGACCAGAAGGCACAGAAGGAAGAGCAGGGUGAGGUGCCCGAAGGGCCGAAGAAUGAGGUCGCCCCUGCCCCCGGCGACGCCCGUGGGGCCGGCAACCCCGAUCCCAGUGCCUUGGUCCCCUCGGUUUCGAGCGGCCUUUCUCCAUCGGGUGGUGGCGCCCCACAGAGCGGUACGGCAGGUUCCUCUGCUUCCGCCCUGGCUGCCGUCGGCGCCAUUUCGAUCAAUGGCGAGGGCCCGGAGCUGCCCUCCACGGGCUGUGUGCAGGAGAGGGAGCGUGCUGACCUCCAGGGCGGCCGCAGUCCCCACGCCAAGCUGAGAUGUGUGGUGCCCGGGGCGGGGCUGGGUCUCCAGGCCUCACACGCGGGCGGCGUGGCCGCCAUGGUGCAAGCCAUGAGGGGAGUUGGCCAGGCCAGCGGGCCUCCGACCCUGACCGCGAGCCCGGGGAGGGGCCGUGGGAGGAAGCAGCCCGGCCGCGAGGAGGCUGCCCAGGCUCAGAAGCUUCCAGAGCGGCGCUGUCUGUUUCCUGCGCUUCCUACAGCUCAGUGCCCCGUGCCCUUGCCGCCAUCUUCUCCGGGCUCUCAGCCCAGCGGCCGCCGCCAUUCUCGGGCUUCUCCGUCGGGUCACGCAUCCCAGCCAGGCCCUGCCCUCCGAAGUCAGGCCCGGGCACCAGGCCCAGCCCUCCGCAGUCAAGCGGCCAGGCCAGGCCCUGCCCUUAAUGGCCGUGCCACCCCGCCAGGCAUCGCCUUCCGUGGCCAUGCUUCCGGGUUGGGCUCUGCUCUUCGCAGCCGUGCAUCCGCGCCAGGCCCUGCUCUCCGUCGCCGCCAUGUGCCUGUGUCGGGCCCAGCUCUCCGCAGUCGCGGCCGUGCUUCCGCGCCGGGCCCAGCUCUCCGCAGUCGCGGCCGUGCUUCCGCGCCGGGCCCAGCUCUCCGCAGCCGCGGCGAUGACAAAAGACUGGAACAAGAAAUAGACAAUUUUACUGCAGCAAUUCUCACAACCUCCUGGUGUCAUAGAGCCUACAUUUAUUCCCAUUUUACGGAUAUGGAAAUUGAUGCUCAGAGCAAUUUUGUGACUCGAGAUCUCAUCACUAGUAGGGGUUGGCUCUGGAGUCAGAGCUCUUCGGUUUGA